AUGGCAAGCUCAGCUGUUCAGUUACUUGGCUUCUCCCUCAGCCUGCUCGGCUUAAUUGGGACACUAAUUGCUACUAUUCUGCCUCACUGGUGGCGAACGGCGCAUGUAGGCUCCAAUAUUAUAACAGCUGUGGCCUAUAUGAAAGGGCUUUGGAUGGAGUGCGUCUGGCACAGCACCGGCAUCUACCAGUGCCAAGUCCACCGCUCCCAGCUGGCACUGCCCCGUGACCUCCAAGCCGCCCGUGCCAUGAUGGUAAUUUCCUGCGUCCUCUCUGCGCUGGCAUGCGGGAUCGCCGUCAUCGGUAUGAAGUGCACCCACUGUGCCAAGGGGACUCCUGCCAAAGGCCCCAUUGCCGUCUCCGGAGGGAUUGUUUUCAUCCUGGCCGGUCUCCUCUGCCUGGUACCUGUUUCUUGGGCCACUAACGACGUUGUGACGGAUUUCUACAACCCCGCGCUGCCCGGCGGGAUGAAGUACGAGAUCGGUCAAGCUCUGUACCUCGGCUUCGCCUCCGCAGCCCUGACGAUGCUCGGGGGUGCUCUGCUGUGCACACCCGGGCAGUGUCAAGGGGAUGAGGCACCUUACCAGACGCAGCCCGGCAGCCUCAGGAGGACUGCUCCCUCCUACAGACCACCAACCGUCUACAAGGGAAACCAUGCUUCUUCCCUGACAUCUGCUUCCCAUAGUGGCUACAGAUUAAAUGACUACGUGUGA